AAAGUCACCUUCACAAUUACGAACAAUUGAUUUCAGAAUUUGCAGGAUGGUGGAUCAACCGAAUUUAAGUCGUGAAGGCUUCCAGAAACUUGAAUUUGUUGGUCGUCGUGGUGAUCAACUAGUCUACAAGGCACCUAAUCAGAAAAUGAUAAUGCUGGAUGUUCAAACAGUCAAUCGUCUGGGAAUGCCUGUUCGUUCCAGGAAAAGACACCAUUCAAACAAGCAUUCUGGGGAAGAUGUUUGGAGUGGACACCGUUCUUCAGACAAAACAACAGACCGUCUAGCCACUGCCAGACUGAUUGAGAUCCUCAAAAACUACCAACACGAUGGUGAACUGUUCACCAACAAAAAGAUGAGAAGGAAGGAGGUGUGGGUUGAAAUAGCUUCCCAGCUCAUGUCUGAAGGAUUCAAUUUCCGAAACAAAGAUCACGCUUGGGAGAAAGUCAGUCAAAAGUGGCGAAAUAUGGAGAGAACUUAUCGAAUGCAUGUCCAAAACUUACGCAGCAAAGGACUGCCCUUGGGGUCGACCACCAUGGAAUUCUUCGACGAUCUACACGAGCUGCUCGCAGGAAAAUACCACACUGAAUCCAUGCUUUCAAUGGAUAGCUCAUCCAGUUUCGACCUGAGUAAUAACGGCCAAAAUGAAGACGAUGAGACUCGAGCAUCAACGGAGAUGACCAACGUAGAACUACUAGAAUACUACACAAAUGACGAGGAACAGCAGGAAGAAGAAGAAGAAGAAUCACCAAGUAGCAGUGAACAAGGACCGAUUCUCAUGGAGGCUGAAUUGUGUUACGAUACUUACGUCGAAGAUGAAAUUCCGCAAUCACCUACCUUCUCCGACAACAAAAAUCUAGUCUUCACCACGUCGGAUCAGGAAAUCGACGUAUCUUCCGAUCCUCACACUGCCGGAGUACGCGAUCCCGUUCUUCGCCUCCUGUUGGAGAUGAGGGCUCAGGAACGUGCUCAUUUUCGCGAAGAUCGUCGCGAGCGUUUGAAGAUGCAAAGGGAGACGCUCGACUUUCGUCGCGAUUUAGUUCAUUUGCUCAAUCAGCAUCAUCAGGAGAGAAUGGAAGCCAUGCACAGUCUGAUCGCAGCUAUCGGCGGAGCGUUGGGUGCCACCGCCGUGCCAAAGAGACCCGCCAAUGGCGAUCACAAUGGCGCACACGACGACGAAAAGGACUUGCCUCUCAAAUCAUCACGUCACAAUCACCUUUCCUAAAGAUCAUCAACUUUACAGCAUGAAACCAAAUAAUUGAACAGUAAAAGAUAAAAAGCAUCCAUUCUCCAUACGACCUUUUUCAAUACAUUUGUUUUUCUCCAUUUUUGUAAUCCUUUAUUUUCUAGACUCGUAUAGUGACGACCAAUACAAAUGUUUAGAAAA